CUUGAGCGCAACUUCCAUCUCGUUCACAAUGUCCAGGACUUCAUACGACAGAUAUCUUACCGUUUUCUCGCCAGAAGGGCGUCUAUACCAAGUCGAGUACGCAUUCAAGGCUAUCUCUGGAUCUGGGCACACUGCAAUCGCAAUCCGAGGCAAGGAUACUGCUGUUGUGAUUACACAGAAGAAGGUGGCGGACAAGCUCAUCGAUGCCGGUACCAUCACCCAUCUGUUCAGCAUAACACCAUCUAUUGGUUGUGUCGUCACCGGUCUAAUUGCCGAUGCACGCUCACAAGUAACGAGGGCGAGGUCUGAAGCAGCCGAUUUCCGGUACAAGAACGGCUAUGAGAUCACCCCCGAUGCUCUGGCCCGACGUAUCGCCAACAUCAACCAAGUCUACACCCAACGCGCGGCGAUGCGACCGUUAGGCAUCGCGAUGAUCCUUAUUGGCAUCGACCCUGAAUUUGGCCCACAGUGCUUUAAGCUGGACCCUGCAGGAUACUUUGUCGGCUUCCAUGCUACUUCUGCAGGGCAGAAACAGCAAGAGGCGAUGAACUUCCUUGAGAAGCGGUGGAAGAAGCUAGAGGGCGAGCCUGAUGUUGCAGGGUUGACGCUUGGACGGACAGAGGUGAUCGAGAUGGCAAUCGAGGCGAUUUCCCAAGUGCUUGCGACGGACUUCAAGCCAGGGGAGAUCGAGAUCGGUAUCGUCUCGACCGCCGAGACUGCCGAGGGGAAGGAGGGCAGUGGUGCGGCGAUGUGGAGAGUGAUGGACGAUGCGGAGAAAGACCAUUGGUUGACCAAGGUAGGUGAAAAGGAUUGAUCGACACCUAUAGCAUUAGGCAGGGCACAUACAUACGUUGUCCG